AUGUCGCUCAACGUUCCCGGUGAUGAAGAGUCUCCAAUGGUGGCCGAGGCCGGCCAGAUUAACCCCGUUCGGCUCAGUCCUGCUGGGAACCCUCUCGUCCCAGCUGUGACCUAUGAUCCUCUGGAUCCGCUGAACUGGGGAUCUUUCCAGAAAUGUGCCUGUAUUUUCAUUGCGUGCUUUGCCUACUUCACAAUGACCUAUUCCGUAACUGUGCCGGUGCCAUCGUUCACUGAGCUUCAGGCGCAAUUCGAUACGACAUAUACAAAAGUCACCUGGACCUUCGCAGUACCAGGUCUAGGUCUUGCUAUUGGCCCACUUAUCACUUCGUCAUUAGCCGAGACCUAUGGGCGCCGUAUUGUGCUAAUUGUCUGUACUGCUAUCGCCGUUCUGGCGAGUGGGUGCACCUCAUUGAAAGGGGCCUCUUUGUCGAGCUAUAUGGUGUUGCGCUUCUUCCAGGGUCUAGGUGCAGGUCCGUUGGCAAACAUUUGUUUGACGAUCAUUAAUGAUGUGUCUUUUGAACAUGAGCGAGGUUUUCGCGUGGGUCUUUGGGCAAUGACCGCCAAUAUUGGUACAGUUUUGGGCCCUAUUCUGGGUGGUUUCUUGGCCUCGGUCUCGGCAUAUUGGAUCGGAUAUCAUGUCACGAUGUUAUUUGCGUUCUUGUUGAUCUGUGAGUGUUUCUUCUUGCCGGAAACACAUUACCCGCGGGCUGUGAUGCUUGAGCGAGAGGCACAUAUAAGAAUUGGCAAGGACAAGUCGAGCGACGAUCCAUAUGGCCUCAAGAGAACCAAGCAACUGGGGUAUUUGCACUGCCGAUCGAUUCCUGGCGUGAGACACCCCAAGUGGUGGGAUGCAAUCCUCAUAUUCUGCCAACUUUGGACGUAUCCCACGAUCUCCAUCAGUGUGUGCGCCUUUGUCGCUUUCCAAUAUUGGUGGAUCUGUUCCAUCAUGGCAAUGGAGCCAUUAGCCUAUAAAACACAAAGUAUGCAUGUCCAGGGCCUUCUAUUUAUUGGCCUUAUUGUCGGGCUAGUAUUCGGCGAGCUUCUAGUUUCUGGGCGACUGAGUGAUUGGCUCGUGGCUCAACUAGCUCGCAGGAAUCACGAUCAGCGGGUACCUGAGAUGAGAUUAUGGCUUGGGUAUCCAGCAGCGAUUGUCGCGUCAGUGGGUCUUGCUCUAUGGGGCGUCUCGGUGGAUAGGAACUGGCACUGGAUGACAGGCCAAGCGGCGUUCUUUCUCUAUGCUGCGGGGACGCAGGUCGGGAACACGGUUCUCUCAACUUAUAUUGUCGACAAUUACCCGGAGUAUGCGAUGGAAGUAACUAUGUUUUAUGCAGUGCUGAUCAAUCUCGCGGGGUUUAUCAAUCCAUGGUUCAUCAGUGUGUGGGUUGAGCGCUCAGGCUGGACCUGGACCUUCUCAGCCCAAGCUCUAAUCUGCAGCUUCGGUCUGAUCCCUACAUAUGCACUACUACACCACUAUGGCCAUCGUAUGCGAAAGAAUCUGCAUUAA